CGUCUAGGGAGUCGCAGAAGUUUCUGAGAAACUCCACAACCUGCUCUUUCUCCCCUCACAGCUUCCAUCUCUUCCUGUGGAUAGACAUCCAGGAGACAGGCUUGGCAAUUAAAGGACUGUGCAUCUUAGAAAAGGAGCAUUAUGGAUUUUUCCUUUUUAUUCUUUAUAAGUGUGGUUGUUUUAAUACUGGAACAACAAGGGUCCCAUGCAAACAGAAGUCCAUCUCUGAAAGCUACUCCACAAAUUCACCGUCGUGAACGACGCUGCUCCUGUGAAAACCUGAAGGACAAAGAAUGUGUGUACUUUUGCCACAUAGGAAUCGUAUGGGUCGAUACACCCAGUCAGGUCAUUCCCUAUGGUGUGGGUUCACUUCAAAUGCGCCUAAGACGAGAUGUGGUGCGAUGCCAUUGCACAGACAAGAGAGAUAAAAAGUGUUUGCGGUUUUGCUCUUACUUGGAUCUCCAGCAAAAAGAUGAAAAUGCCUCAGUCAAAAGGUCCCAUCCCAGAGAACAAUACAAGUACAGAUUGCCCCAGAGACCAAGGUGGCACAAUCCAAUACAAACAACCUGAGAGAAAUGAAAAAAGCUAUGCAGUAACUUCAUAAUUGUAGUAAUAGUAUAUUAUUACUAUUUAGGCAGCAAGCCUGGCCAUGUGUCUGAAUAUGUGAGCUGUGAAUGGUUUACAUAGAACGCUAUUAGACAUCAUUUCUAUUACUUUGACUUUUCAUUAAAUGCUAGCAUCUCAACAGUGACAGUACAUGAAGCAAAUAGGAGUGAUACUGUAUAUUAUCUAACUGUCAGUGUUUUGUAGAAUACUGUAAAACUAUCGCUUCUUAUUGACAUUUAAUAUAUAUUGUUUGAUGUUUUCAAUUUUGAUUCCGUAUAGUAAGUACAUUUGGAUAUUUAUUGAGAACAAUAGCGACUUAUGGGCACUUUAUGUUCGCUGAUAAUCAUACAAUCAAAUUGGCCUCGGGUGAAGAUUAAUCUGGCAUUUAUGCUUAGG